AUGACGAGGGAGUUGGUAAUUCUUGGUGGCAGUGUCCCGAGAGGGGAAGCAGGGGUCUCUGGUGGCCUGUUCUUGCUUUGCAUGAUUGUUUUCUCCCUCUCAAUUAUCACAAUGGUCUUCUUCGCUUGUGGUGAUGACAACUCUGAAAAGCCUCGCCCUAAUCAUGGUGCAGGGGGUUUUUGGGCGGGCGGUGGCGGUGGAGGUUGGUGGGGGGGAGGCGGUGGCGGCGGCGGCGGAGGUUGUGGGGGCGGAGGCGGUGGUGGUUGUGGGGGAGGUGGCGGUGGAGGUUGUGGGGGAGGUGGCGGUGGCGGUGGCGGUGGCGGUGGCGGUUGCUGA